AAACCUUCAUUCCAUCAAAGCCGCUUGGCCACCAUGGCAGUGAAUGAUUCUGCCAAGUCCAAAGACCAAGCACAAGCUGUACUAGCUCUAGCCAUAGACCUCCAGGAUCAACUCACGCAACAUGACGCUUCGGAUAAGCCAACUUUGAGCAGAGAAACCCAAAAACUGCUCGAGAGAACCUUGCCUCGCCUUCCACUUCUGGCAGAGGCUGCUUCGAAGUCGACCCGCCAGCAGCUAGAUAACGAAGGGGCAAAGCUUUGGAACAUACACGCACUGCGGAUGAGGGAUACGAAGAAGAAGAAUAAUAAUGAAAAAGUGUUACUUUGUAAAGUGAAAGCUCUAGCCUAUGCGAUGCUAGAGGCAGCAGCACCUAAAACAGGCCCUGGAAACUACCGAUGUCUUGAACUUGCAUUCAAAGCAGCCAAGACCUGCAUUGAGUAUGGCCUUACCGACCUUAGUCAAAAUAUCAUGGAAUCAGCUGCUGCGCGAUUGGACCUGAUGAAGGCACCUGAAGUUGAGACUGACAUAGUCAAGCUUGAAUUUUUUAGCACUGAAUACUAUAUGCUACGGAUAUAUCUGGCCUGGUCACAGGGACGGCCAGACAUCGCAGACCAUCUAUUCUCGAAGGCUCCAGAAGCGAAGACCACAGAGCAAGAAAGAGUGCUUGUUGACACAUGCUACCGUAUUGGAGAAGCAGCACUGCUAAAAUGCGAGUAUAACACAGCGACAACAUGGCUGAGUAGAGCGUUGGCAGUGUGUGAGCUAUGGCCCGGGGGUGGGCAAGGACUGAAUGAUAAGAAGCUGUUGGUUUUUCAUGCUUACGCACGUUCUAAUCUUUACGCUACUACGGCAUCCUCUGAGAGUCAGCUUCGAAAGGCUCUAAGCUUUCUGAGAACCGAGCACGGAAAUUCCUUCCCUGUUUUAAUCUUCUCCCUCGAAGUCCUGAACAAGAAGGGCGAGUUCAAUGAGGAGUACUUUGAAACGCUCAAAGCUUCCAUUAAGGAAAUGAAUAGUUGUGAUACAAGCGUGAAAAUAGUCUACCACUACAUCACGAAAAUCGGAAGCUCGAGUCUAGAGCACUUUUUCGAAGCCUCUGAGCAGCUUCUGAAUAAACUAGCCACUCUUGGUAUCGAUUCAAAAGAUCAAUGGAUGGAGAAGAUUUUCGUCUCCGUCAUAUGGGUUCUGACAAACACCACCUCCAACGAGGACCAUCCCCCUGAUCGUGCUGAAACAGCAGCACAAAUAUUGGCAGAGUGCGGCUUAGACAAGCCAAGUGGAAACGUUACCCAAGCUUCCCUGAUUCUCAUCUGGAAGUAUAUCGACACAAUGUUGUCAAAAGGAUCUACCUUCCUUGCCGAAAAAUGGUGUCAAUUUAUUCUGAAGCAUUCAAUAUUUCAAAAUACCCCAGAUGCAGAAGCCAAGUAUUUUCGAAAACUGGCCAUCUGCGCCUUGGAGAACUAUAGCCCUUCUACAGCACGGAAAAUAUUCGACGAAAUACCAGAAGUCUGCAGGAGUUGUCCACUCAUCCUGUAUCUGGUGUACAGGUUGGCCCUGCUCGCUGGGGACGCAUCACUAUGCACUAUAUACAUUAAAUCACUCUGCAAAAGCGGGGCAGAUUCCACAUAUGUCUGGUCAUGUGUAGAAGAUGCACUACAGCUAGGCAAGAUGGAUAUAGCGAUCCAAUCACUUCAGGAUGUCAUGGUCACCUCAAAUGACGGUGACCUCGAGAGACUGCAUAUUCCUCAACUUCUACAGUGCGUGAUAUGUACAGCUCACGAGAUGAGCACAGCCAACUGCGAAGACUUUCUGGGGCAUGUAACUUCUUUACUAGGGUCUGCAUUGGCCACUGCUGCUGCUGCGCAGGGAAGGGCAUUCUUUUCUGAUGAGAUACGAUGGUUUGCUUGCAAAAGCUACAAUAUUGCUCUUGAGCUAUACAAACAGUCUUCUAUACAAGCUGCUGUCAAACUGUUAGAUAUUUCCACCAAGUUCAUGGAGCUCGAGCAGAAGAAAACAGAAUCAGAGUCGAAUACCGAUACCUUACAGCAUUAUCUGAAGUGCACUUUCCUGCAAUCUAUAAUUAUAGCUAAUGAAGCUCGAAGAGAAAAAGGUUCCGCCAAAAAGGGAAACUAUUAUAGAGAAACAAGUGAAGCUAUAAAACAAUUUAAAACCCACAUCCAAUCUCUAGGUAUUCGCUCGAUAUCCAUCACAAACCCGCCAUACCCGUGGAUAGACAAGUACCGCAUCAUACUCUCCUUGGACUUCGAAGCCACCGUCUUCCUCCGCCAGUGGGAAGAUCUCGCAAAGAUAAUCGAAGCAUCAAAGCCCGUCAUAAGUGCAAAACUCAGCUCCGUCUUCCUCGACUGUCUCCUCCGGUCUGGAGCCCCUUCAUCAUACCUAUCACAAUUUGUCAAGCAAAUGAUCCGCACAUUCCACAGCUCUCCGUCUCAAUCUAUAACCACUGAAUCAACCGGUGGUCUCAACUCCUACCUCCCUCGCCACCUCCGCUGCCUAUUCUCUCUUUCCAUCCAAGCCGAAGAAUACAUCCUCGCCGAGUCCGUCCUCGACCAAGCCCUCAUUCUGGCCCGCGAUGGUCCCAAUUCUAUUCGCAAUACAAGGGCUCCAUACCCAAAAGACGAACUCCAGUGGCUGGCAACUACCGCGUUCAAUCGGGCGGUAGAGUUCUUUCUUGUUUCUGCGGAUGGGGAGUGUCGUCGGUGGGCCGGGAAAGCUAUUGCGCUGGCUGAUUCAAUAUCAGGCGACGACGGUAGUGAGUUAGGGAGGCUUCUUAGACGGAAUCUUGCGAAGCUAAGGCCUGUUUGAGAGAGUAGAUUUGCUCCUACUAAGACCCAGCAUAAUAUAUAACUACACCUACACACUCCACGGAGCCUGGAAUGGGUCACCUAUUACCAAGGAACUCAAAACAGAGAAAGCCAACGAACAUUGUUUCCUGUAGUUAACUAGAAACGUUUAAAGGGUACUAAUUAAUACUACUAUUCAC